AUGGUAGUCAUGAGUCACAUCAAUAGGUUGCGCCCUGAUCGAACAGCUGUCAGCAUGGGUGCCCAUACUUGUUGGCUCCAGCUGCUUGGCUGCCUAGUUUGCCCACUUACCAGACUCUGCAGCAUGGUGCGUGGUAGGGUACUUCUGACGGUGCUGACGGUGCUCUUGGUGCGCAUCUCACCUGUCUUCCUGCCAGGUGUGUCCAUUGAGCCGCGGACUUUGAGGGUCAGCGCAGAUGCCAAAGCCAAGAAGUCUCCCGAAUCACUCGAGCCUCCCAAGCGACCCUUGACAAGCUUCCUUCGCUACAUGCAGGAGAUGCGUCCCAGCAUCGUUAAGAAGCUUCCAAAAGGCGCACCCGUCUCUGAGGUUGCCAAGGAAGGGGGCAGGAAGUGGAGAGGCUUGUCCGCAGCCAAGAAGAAGCCCUACGAGGAGGCAGCAGAGGAAGAGUGGGAUGAGUAUCGAGAGGCCAUGGCUGAAUUCAAAGCGCAAGGGGGCGUUAUGCCGGUGAAGAAGAAGCGAGGAGCCAAGAAGCAGAGGGACCCCAACAUGCCGAAGCGACCACUGAGUGCCUACGUCCUGUUUACAAUGGAGAACAGGCCCAAGUUCGUGAAAUCUCUUCCGGCUGAUGCCAAAGUCACAGAGGUCAUGAAAGAGGCUGGCAAGCAGUGGAGGGCGCUGACAGCAGCCAACAGAAAGAAAUACGAGACAAAAGCGACAAAGCUCAAGAAAGAGUACGCCAAGGAGAUGGAUGCCUACAAGGCGCAGCUUGCAUGA